CUUUUCUCUUUGUCGUUAUAGGCUUUUGGACGUUUCUAUUGUCGCCUACCGUGUAUUCAAGCGGAUUUGCACUUCUAGAGCAUCCCGUCUCCGCUUUAUGUGCGUAGUGAACUUGAGUGAGGAAAACGAGAGUGAAUGAGUGAGAUAGUGCAACGCAUCCCCCUGUUGCAUGCCGAGUUCGUGUGUUUUUGCAUUGUGCCUCGUAUCAUCGUAUCGCAUACCCAAAGAGCACAGGUCACGAAAAUGAGUAGAUGCAUGAGCCACAAAGAAAAAAAAACGCACUUGCACAAUCACUGUCGUCCCCGAUCCGAUAUGCAUCAUUAGAAAAAGGACUACAAAGAUGGAGGAGAACUUUGAAGAUUGAGAUCUUAUCGCACAUCUGCUUUACCUCUUUACGUUUCAUGAUUGAACAUUUUUUCUCAUUAUCAUCACGCUGACUAGAAGAUAUGCAUGAACAUAGCUUCUCUUGCGCCUCAUUCGCUUAGUUUUGUUCACACCCCUACUACUUGAAGAACUGCAGUUACUUGGUUCACAUUGUGUAGAAAUUUUGUAAAAAGUUUCAAUAAGAGUUCAUAUGAAAA